CUGUAAUUGCAAUUUUGUCGGUGUAUGUUGUCAUAGUAACCGCUAAACAUUCCAUGAACGUUGAAACUUUGGAAGUUGUUGGAUAUUUCGACCUCAAAAUGGCACCGCUUCUGACCAUGAGGAAGAUUGUCAACACAAGAAUAACAUCAAAUGCUUUUUUGGUUAACGAUGUCCAUAUUCCCUACUACGAGAACAGAGUGAAUGCAAGGAUUUCUUUCUACAGAAAGAAGGCUAAAAUGUACCAGGCGUAUCAAUGCGCAAAAGCUGACCUGCAUAACGAAGAGUAUUGCUCGUGGGCCCAGGAACCUGGAAUGGAUUGUGAUGGAGUGGGACCGUAUAACAAAGACUUUUUGAAUAUGUUGAUGCAGUUUGAAUGUAACUUAGAACCGGUUAUUCCACAAAGAUUUACCAAGUUCGACCGUUUUCGCUACAAAGAAGUCCACAAAAAGGCUCUGUCUCCUUAUUUGGCGGCCCUUCGAGGAAUUAUCUUGGACACGUUUUACAUGUUUUUAGUCAUCACGGGUAUCGUCAUCCUCUCUAAAGUACUGGAAAUCGCAUUGUUUUUCUUGCUUAAGAAAUUCGAUCUGGUACGCCAAGUUAAACAUUAUCAAACACACCGAGACCUUAAGGGGGAGUUCACUGUUCCGCAUUGUAUCAAAUAUCCAUCAAAUGACAGUAUCAUUAGGCAUGUGGGACCUAUUCACAUGUCAAACGAGAUGAUAGCGGCGUUUGGGCCGAACAUCCACGAAGGAAAAAGUAUCCAGUGGGUCAAGUAAGAAAUAAAAACGUUUGCCCCCGAUCUUUUCUGGCCACUGGACUACUUUAAGACAAGAUCUAUUAAAUGAAAUGCUGUGGUUGCAAUAUUUUCGAAAUUUCUGCCGUUUUCUCAGAAGCAUUUGAAAUGAAGUGUUAUUCCUUUUCUACUUUAGAUGACAUCGCUAGGCAACGAUCGGCAUUAAUUUUGUAAAGAACGUUUGUAUGCCAAAAUUGUGCAUUUUUAAUUGUUAUCUGGAAGGUCUAUUAGUAGAAAAAUUAGAAUUUCACUUUUAAAAAAUUAUGUGAAGAAAACGUUAAA